CACUGACGAGUGACGACCCUGAGAUACGGCUAUCCACACAAUAGCGAGUGGAGCAAACCCGCCAUUUGAACGGCUCUAAGCUUCGCUUAGUUCAAAUGCAAUGUCGUUCCAGAUUGAUUUCUAUGCCAAAUGUUUUUCAGAGAAUACUCUUCCACAACUUGUUUCAGGAUUUGGUGGUUUAUCAGAUGGAAAAUGUUUUCCCUGCUCUGGGCUAUCCCUAAGACUAGUGAACAACAUAUCACCAUGUCCAUCUCGUGCUAAAUUUGGAAAGGUCAAUGCUUUAUGCCUAGAACCUACUCUCAGGAGUUCAUCUUUCGCUUGUAGUGCUACUAGUAGUUCUAUCAACCCUAGAAAGACUCCGGAGUAUUCAAAGUACACAAAGCAGGGAACAUCCCGAAGUAAUAAGAACAGGCAAAGUGGAGAUGGCAAUGAUUAUGAGAACCUAGAAGAGUCUGAUAUUUUAUCUUCUAAAACAUCAAAAGCCCCAACUACUGCAACUCUACGCCCAAGAGAACGAAAGAUUCUUGAACUGUUCCGGAAGGUUCAGGCCCAACUCCGUGAAAGAGAAGUAGCGGUCAAAGGAGAAAAGAAAGUGGAGAGGCCGGAGUCAUCAAAGGGUAAAGUUGGUAUAGAGGGUGAAACCGUGGAUUCACUUUUAAAGCUCUUAAGGAAACAUUCCGUUCAGAAAGAGAAGAAAACUGGUAACAGCUCUGACUCCAUUCAGGACCACUCCGGUCCCACAGACGUGUCAAAUGAAAAGCAAGAAAAUGAAGCAAUUGUGUUGGAUCGUCCGAAAUCGGAUUUCAGACGGAGGUCACCAGUUUCAAGGGUCAAGACUCAGCCUAGUUAUUCUUCUGAGGAAGCUACUCUGAAGACAGUUGCAUCUGCUGGUAAUGAUGAGAAAGGUAAUAAAAUUGGUUUACAUGAGGAUGUGUUUGAUGAAAUAACAGAGGAUGAUGAGACUAGUGACAUACAUGAUGAUCAUGACGAUGACGACGAUGAUGAUGAAGUUGGUGGUAAGAAGAUCGAGGAAAUGGCACUGCCUGAACUGAGAAAGCUUGCAAAGUCUCGUGGUGUUAAACGGUACUCAAAAUUGAAGAAAGCAGAGCUGAUUGAGUUGCUGCACAAAAUGUGAUGUGUUUUCUAUCGUAUGGCAAUCUGACCUGAAUUUUUUGUUUCAUGUUUCCUCUGUUAUUUUUUAAAUAUUCAUGUUAUGGCGCCUGAACUCCCUGAAGAUGUACACAAGCAGUACUUUUUCAUAUGUUUUUGUUAACAGCUGCUCUAGUUUCUUAAAGUGUCUACAUUUCCUUUCCUUGUGUGCCAUAAACUACUGUUCUGCUUUUUAUUUUUUCUCUACAUAUUUAAAC